UCAAGCACACACACGAGCACACACUCAAGCACACACACACACACGCAUACGGAAUUCGAUUAGAUGGCGCUGGACAAUGCCAGGCUGGAGUCGCUCGAGGCGGCGUCCCAGCUGACGCGAGCAGCCAGCAGCGAGCAGAGCAGCAAAAGCGAAGACAGCGCAGCUCGCUUCCACAAACAACUUGCGUCCAAAGCGAAACCAAAUGAUAUUUGCGCCAAGCAGCAGCUGCAGCGGGAGCGGGAUCGGGAACGGGAGCGGGAGCGUAGACAGCCGCAGGUAUACAAAUAUAGUCCACUUAGUGGCGACUCCGAUGUGGAGAGCGAUGUGGGCGGAUCGAGCGAUGAGUCCAUAGCGCUGCUUGCACACGAGAUUCUCUGCUGCGAGCACGAGUCGGAUACGGACAGUGGGCAGGAGGAUGAGGAUGACGAGAAGGUGGACGUGGAGGAGGAAGAGAAAUAUAAAAAGAUGAAGGAGGAGAGGGAGGAGGAUAGGGUGGAGGAGAAGGUGAAGCUGGAGCUGGAGGAGACGGUGGAGCUAGAGCUGGAGGAGGAGGAGAGGGAGGAGGAUAGGGUGGAGCUGGAGCUGGAGCUGGAGGAGUAUGAGGAGGACGAUGAGGAGGAGGAGGAGGAGGAGGAGGAGGAGGAGGAGACGGAGGCGGAUAUCGAUGCCUGUGCAGAAACCUCCAUUGAGCACAAUUAUGCGCAGCUCAUGUGCAGCGAGGACGAUGAGGAUCUGGAGUUGGAGCUGGAGGAACUGCAGCAGAAGCAGCUACUUGAUCGCUGCGACGCGGAGUCAAAGUAA